UUGAAUAAUGCCAUGGAGUUCCUGGUGCUUUGAGGGUUCUCGUGCUGUUUGCUGUUGCUUUAUUCCUCGUCUGAAGGUGUGUGUGCUGUGAUGUGAAGCCGAUCGGUUCGUCUCACUUCACACUGCUGGAUUCGGAUGAGUGUGUGUUGGACUCUGUGCUUUAUCUGAAGAAACACACACACACUGACUGAAGUCCCGGUCCGAGGCUGCAGUCAUGUUCUGGAAGUUUGACCUGCACACGGCGUCUCAGGUGGAGAAGCUGCUGGAGAGGGACGACGUGACGCUGACGGAGCUGCUGGACGAAGACGAUGUGCUUCAGGAGUGUAAAGCUCAGAACCAGCGCCUCCUCGUCUUCCUCACGCGGGACAGCAGCUUGCAGGAGCUCAUCAGCCUGAUCACACACGAGCCCCCUAGUGACCGCGAGGAGAAACUGCGCUACAGGUACGCCAACACCGCGUGUGAGCUGCUCACGUGUGACGUAUCGGUCAUUAACGAUAAAGUGGGCGGAGACGACUCGCUCCUGAACACACUGUACAGCUUCCUUGAGCGAGAUCCGCCCCUGAACCCGCUCCUCGCCUCCUUCUUCAGCAAAACCUUCGGCACUUUGAUCAACAGGAAGCCUGAGCAGACGGUCAGUUUUCUGCGGAAGAAGGAGGGGUUUAUAGGGCUGGUGUUGAAGCACAUGGACGCGUCGGCCAUGAUGGACCUCCUGCUUCGUCUCAUCAGCUGUGUGGAACCGGUUCAGCUCCGGCACGACGUCCUCACCUGGCUGAAUGAAGAGAAGAUUAUUCAGAGACUGAUCGAGUUAAUUCAGCCUCAUGUUGAUAACGAGAGACAGUCGAAUGCGUCUCAGGCUCUGUGUGACAUCAUCCGCAUGGGACGCGAUCAGCCUGGACUGCAGGAGCUGUCAGAGCCCGACCCCCUGCUCACCACGCUGGAGCUACAGCAGAGUGUGGAAUCUCUAUUAAAGAACAUGUUUGAGGGAGAGAGAAGUGAAGCCUGUAUCGUUAACGGGACUCAAGUUCUUCUUGCUUUAUUAGAGACUCGCAAAUCAGGGGUGGAGCUGAUAGAUCCGGGAUCUCAGGCUCUGGAUCAGUUGUAUUCUGUAAACAACAGCAUCUUACUGGGCAUCGAGCCACAUCUCACUCUCUACCGCCACCUACUGCUCGAACCGCCUAAAAAGUGCAGCAUGCUGACGACUCUCGGCGUUCUGGAGGAACCCUUCGGGAACGCCCGACUCCACGCCUGCAGGCUGAUGGCCGCGCUGCUCCACACCCGCGCUCCCAGAAUGCACCGGGAGCUCUGCCGACUCGACAUGAUCAACCUGCUCCUGGAUCUCUUCUUCAAAUUCACCUGGAACAAUUUCCUCCAUGUCCAAGUGGAGCAGUGUGUCUCGGCUGUCCUCGGCCAGAACCGGACGGGUCCAGACGGGGCGGGGGAGGAGAGUCCGGAACCCAAACGACCCGAGAGCACGAGCGCGGACACGGAGAUGUUCUCACACCAGGAUCUGCUCUCGCAUUUGUUUCAGACCUGCAGGUUGGUACAGCGGAUUCUCGACGCUUGGGAGGAGAACGACAGAACACAGUCCGAGGGUGGUAUGAGGAGGGGCUACAUGGGGCAUCUGACCCGGAUAGCGAACGCGGUGGUGCAGAGUGUGGAAGGCGGCGCUGCGCAGGGUCACGUCACACAGCUAAUAAACGGUCUACCUGAGGAUUACAGAGGACGCUGGCAGAAAUUUGUUGAUGAAACUUUAGCGGAGACUAACAAGAGAAACGCAGUGGAUCUGGUCUUUUCUGAUUACCAGAUGCAGCAGAUGACGGCAAACUUUGUGGAUCAGUUUGGAUUUAAUGAUGAUGAGUUUGGAGAACACGACGAAGGCAUCAAUGCAGCGUUCAGUCGUAUGGGAGGAGUGAAGUGCACCCUGGUGGAUGAAGGCCCGAGCGCGGGAGCGUUUCAGGCCUGCACUAAGGGUAAAAUCCGUGCGUUUGAUGACGCCGAUGAGGAGGAGGACAUCUGGGAGGAUAAAGAAAUCAACUAUGCAGCACAAGUGAAGUCUAGAACCAGGUUCGGUGUGACUCCGGCUCUGAAGACCGAGGUGGAGGGCGGGGCUCUGAGGCGUCUGGGGUCACCUGACCUGGAGUGUUUUCCAGACGGCAAGCAGAGUCCGGACGGUAGCAGGAGUGAGGACGCGGACAAGGACAGCAGCCUUCCUCAGAGUCCUGGUUGGGUGGCGAGUUUUGAGGAUGAUUUUAACUUUAAGGCAGACUUUGCGGGCGUGGCUAUCGACAGCGGGUCAGGCGUGUGGGGCAGCACCACGGCUCCGCUGAACGACAGCGAGGAUAAGGGCUGGGCCACGUUCACCGACUUCCAGCCUUUCUGCUGCUCAGACUCCGGAGCGCGCUGCAGCUCUCCUGUCGACUCGGAGACCUCGGAUAAACAGGAUCAGGAAGACAGGGGCUCGGCGGCGUGUGUGUGGAACGUGUGUGGAGCGAGGAAAGCUCCUCUGGUGGCGUCGGACAGCAGCUCCAGCGGCUCAGAUAGUGAGGAUGAUGAGGAGAGGAGCGACGCAAGCGGAGACAAGGACAGCAUAACAGAGAAAACUGAGAAAGCCACCUUCAGCGGCGAUUCGGACACCAAGUCGCCAGACGUCGUAGCCGAACCACCUCCAGCGACGGAGCAGAAGACGGACUGAAGGGGAACACGGAAGGCGUUAAAGGUCUGACGAAAACGCUCGGAGUCUCCUCCUCCUUCUCCUCCUCCUCCAAAAGGUGUUUGUGACAUCAUCACUGCCCCGCCCACAACAAAACAAGCGUUGGUUUCCCCUGAGUGUGUUCACGUUAUAACCCAGGACUGAAAGGCAGCGUGUGAGUGAUUCUCCUCCGUGAGCAGCGGCGAGCCGGGCCGCGGCACCGAGGUGUAAUAAUGCGGAUUACUGCAGUUAUUAAUGUUUAUAAACACGAGUACAGCUGAAAUCUACAGUUAGCGUGGCUUCUUCUUACGGCUACAUACACUGGCUAUUUAUAACACACACACACACACACACAGCAUUAACUUACUGCUGGAGUCUCUACGACAGGCUUAUGACAUGUUCACAGUGGUGACAUUAGGGUUUAUGGUACACUGCGCUCCAAACUCCAAACGGACACUUUUUAUUCUUCUUUUGCAAGUUCUCAGCGCGUUCCUGAAGCUUUAAUGAGGUUCGUCUCUGAAUCGCCCACAUCGUUUCUGUUUGUCCAGCCGAGACGAAAGAACCGCAGAAGGGGACGAAAGAGCCGACUAAUGUAAAACUGAGGUUUACGUUUAAAAUCAAAUAAAAUUAAUCAUAAUGACAUCAUUAUUUAAAAAUAAAAAGUGUAAAUUUGGAGACAAACUAAACAAAGUAACUAAAUAAUAACUGAAUUACUGUAUUUAUACAUAUUGAAAAAUCUUUUUUUGUUUGUUUUACUUUAUUUUUUCAGUUCCUCUUUAUUAUUUUUUAAAUUUUCUUUUUACUUUUCAUAUUAAUUUUGCACUUAAGGUUAUUUUAAUGGCUGCGCUCACCAUUACAAUUAGGCUCUGAUGAUUUAAUUAAUAAGUAAAUAACUAAACAAAUUAAUUAAUAAUUUUCUUGUUCAAAAAUAUUCUUUUUUUUUUAUUAGUGAAUUAUUUUUAUAUUAUAAUUAUCAUGUAAGUUUUAUGGCUCUCUUUGUCCUCCAUAGGAAAUUCCUACACAGUCAUCUAAAGUAAAUUUCUCUCUAUAUAUAAACACCUGUUUCACAAAAGCCUUCAUGUUUUUUUUAUUUGUUUAAUAUUUUUAAAUAACUGAAUAUUUUCUCUAACUUAAAAAAAAACACAGAGCAAGAAUAAAAAUGUAACGUUAUAGUAAUAGUGUAGGGGUGCCAACAUUUAUGCACUGGACCAUAAUGCCCGGUG